UUCUGCCAUCUGACAAAUACAAACCCUAAAAUUUUUCCCUCUCUCUCUCUAGAAAAAGGAAAAGUAAUAAAAAAAACAAAUUUAUUUUUAGAAAAAAGGAAAAAAGGUUUUGGGAAAAAAAAUAAAAUAGACAAAAAAAGCAGUGAAUCAAAUUAGGGCUUCAAAUCAAAGCUGGAAAUUUCUCCUUUUUCCCAUUCCCUCAUUUUAACUCGAAUUAGAACUCUUUCAUGCUCGAUCUCCACUUCUCCAAUGGCGUGGUCGCCGUAAUUCUGAUUACAGGAGAAUUUGAUGGGUUAUUUAUGGAUAUUUUUCGUUUUCUUUUCGUGUGAAAUUUGUGGCAGAUCUAUGUGGGACAUGAAAACAAAGGGGAUUGUGUAGAUUUGAUUGAAUUGAGGGAUUAUUGAUGGAAAGCAGCAAAAAGAAGUCUGGUGGCGUUGAAAUUUCUAAGAAAAACCGUUCAUUAGAUCUCAAGAGCCUCUAUGAAUCCAAGUUUUCUGAAGUGAGGGGCAGUAAGAAGAAAGUUUGUGACGAAAAUGAUGGGGAAAGUGUUAAAAAGAAAAAAAGGAAGAGUAGGAAGGAGAUUCCCCUAAGUAGUUUUGAGAGUGAUGCUAAGAAAAGUAGGAAGGAGGAUGUAAAUGGUGUAAAACAAGAGCUUGAAUUUGAACAGAAAUCAAAGGACAGGAGUGAAGGUCUGCAUGACAUCCCGUUGCCUUUGGGAAACAAUGGAAGUUCUUUUAAUAUCCCAAAGCGCCCACGGGGUUCGGUGAGGAGGAAAAAGUUGGGAAGUGAUCAAGGUUCUGAGCCGACCAGGCAUUCUGAUUCUGCUGGUUCUGCAGGAGAAGUCAAGGCUGAAGUUACUAAAUCUGAGGAUGGGGAGGGCCCCAAUGACCGAUUAGCUCGAGUAGCUACCACUUCCUCCGGUAAUAACUGCCUUUCAAGUGUGAAAUCCAAGAGAAAGGUAAAUGGUUCUAAUUCGAAAUUAAAGCAGAAGUCUGAUUCAAAACCCACUGUGAAGUCUAGUGGUUCAAAUGUGAAAUUAAAGCAGAAGACGGGAGCUGAAGAAGUUAAAGAUAACAGGAAUGGUGAGUCUGGUUCAGCUUGCCAUGCAGAGAAAGAACAUAAUCCAGUUGUAAAUAAUAAAGUUGCACCGCCCAAAAGACAGCAGAAUAACAGUCGGAAGAAAAAGGAUGCAGUACUCAGCAGAGGUAGAGGUGGUGUGGAGGCCAAAGCUAAGAAGUCUCAGCCUUCUAUGGGUAGUUCAUCGGAUAGGCUCUUUGUUGAUUUUGUGGAUGACGAUGAUGAUGAUGAGGAGAAUCUUGAGCAGAAUGCUGCAAGGAUGCUCUCCUCUCGGUUUGAUCCAAGCUGUACUGGCUUCUCAUCGAAGAAGUCUUCAGCAUCUCAGAAGGCUGAUGGAUUGUUGUUUUCAUCUUCAUCAGCUCAGGACUCUUUUACCCGACGGGCCAAGUCAUUUGCUGGGCCGUCUGCAUCUGCUGAUGAUAAGAGCAGAACACUUAGACCCAGGAGAGAAAAUGCAGGGAAAGGCGUCUCAAGGAAACGGCGCCAUUUCUAUGAAAUUCUCGCCCAAGACUUGGAUCCGUACUGGGUUUUGAACCGGAGGAUCAAAAUUUUUUGGCCAUUGGAUGAGAGUUGGUACUAUGGCCUUGUGAAUGAUUACAAUUCUGAAACUAAGCAUCAUCGCAUAAAAUAUGAUGACCGAGAAGAGGAAAUUGUUAAUCUCCUAGAUGAGAAAUUCAAGCUGUUGCUUCUCCCUAGUGAGGUUCCUGACAAUUCGAAAACUCGAAAACGAAGAAGGGUCAAAGAUUUACGUAGUGGACAAAUAGCUCCAUCAGCUGGUGAUGAUAUCUGUGUGGGGGAUCCUCUUGAUUCCGAACCCAUUGCAUCAUGGCUUGCUAGUCAAUCUCAACGUGCCAAAGCUUCACCAAAAUCUUUGAAGAGACAGAGGACUUCAGAGAAGCACCUUCCUUUGGUCUCUUCAUUGUCAUCCGAAAAAACUGACAACUCAAAUAGUGGUGUAGUUGAUUCAACAAUAUUUAGAAAUAACCGAGAUUGUGAAUCUGCAUCGGUGGAUAGCUUACUUGAUGGUCGAUUGGGUAAUAACUCUCUACCAGGGAGUGCACACACAUCCCUAAGUGAGAAACAUGUGGUUUAUGUCAGGAAGAAAUACCGUAAGACAAGUGAAGGAGGUAAUUCUGUGUCUAGAGAUGUCAAAGCAUGUAGAACUUCUCCAUGGACUGUACCACCACUUUCCCCUGUUAGAGUUGGCUUGCGACCUACCAAAGGAAGAUCUGGCAAGAUACUAUGGUCGCUUGAUGGUCAAGGCAAAUUAAGAUUAAAAGAUGUUUUGCUGGAACCUGAGCAAUUCAAAUUCCAGAUAUGCCUACCUAUAUUACCAGCUAUGGGGACUUCAUUUGAAAUAGGGAACUUUACGCUGCUUCAUGACAUAUUUAUGCUUCAACAUGGGGUGUUGGUGGCUAGCUCUCCUGCUGUUGUCCUGGAAAUGCUUUUUAUUGAUACUAAUUUCGGCAUGAGAUUUCUCUUAUAUGAAGGCUGCCUGAAGCAGGCUGUAGCCUUGAUAUUCCAGAUCUUGAUUGUCUUUAGUCAAUUUGAUGAAAAGUGGAAUGACGACAUGAAGUUACCUGCAACCUCAAUCAGGUUCCAACUUUCUAGUUCUCAAGAUCCAAGGAAGCAGCAUGUAUUUGCAUUUUACAGUUUCUCCAAGCUGAAAAGUUCAAGAUGGCUUUACCUGGACUCGGAGAUUCUGAAACAUUGUUUUCUCAUUAAACAACUGCCCAUCUCAGAGUGCACGUAUGACAACAUAAAGGAACUUGAAUGUGGGAAUUUCCAGUCACGCAGACCUUGUGAUGGUUCAAAACACUCCUCAAAUGAGGGUUUCAAAAAGAAAUAUGUGUCUGGCAUUCUGCCAAUGGGUGUUUCCCGAGAAGCCCGUAAUAAAAGGAUGACUCAGUCUGCUUUUAGUCUGGCUGCGAAGCCUGGAAAAGUGCCUCAAUUCGCUCUCUCCUUUUCUGCUGCACCAACUUUCUUUCUCACUCUACAUCUCCAGCUACUGAUGGAACAUAGUUUUGCUUGGGUUAAUCUCCAACAUCAUGAUGCUCUCUGUUCUUCAGAAAGUUCUGAUGAUAUUUGUCAACCAGGUGCAGAUUGUGCUCGGUUUAAGCCCAGAUUCAGUGCUUCUCAAGAUGGCACCACUGGUAAUGAAAUCAGAAAAAUAGCGGCAGAAGCUCCUGGUCUCAAUGGUUUUCAACGAGAUUCAGGAAUGGAAGUUGUCUUGGCAAGCAAUGCUGCUGAGAACGACACUUCCUCUAAGAAAAUCCAGAGGGGGAAUCCAGAGAAUGAUGGAAGGGAUGGAUGUCUCAAAGAAAUUGCUGGAAAUGCAUCCAAAAUUAUUAGUCAACCAUGCCAGCAGGAGCCUAGGAAAGAAGCGCAUCAACUGAUUGAUGCACCCCGACUUUCAUCUAUGCCAACUUCCAUCACAUCUCAAACUGCUGACCCCAGGAUUGAUUCCACAUCUCGUGGCAUGAGAAUCGAAAUUCCAUCUUCUGAAUCAAGACAGGCCUCUGAUGUGGAUUGGAAUGUGCAUGACGGAUUUGUUCAUAAACCCAACACUAUUGGCUUCAGAAGUUCGUGGCAGCAUGGUGGAAACAACUCAGUUUCUUCUCCGUUUGGACAUAAACCCCCAGUAUGGCCUGAUGGAAGCCCCAACUUCACGCCCAAUGGAUUCAGUAAUGGGCCAAAGAAGCCACGAACUCAAGUUCAAUACACAUUGCCUUUUGUGGGUUGUGAUCUCAGUGAAAAGCAAAAAUCACCAAGCACAAAAUCUCUACCUUGCAAACGAAUUAGGAAAGCUAGCCUGAAGAGGAUAUCUGAUGGUUCUGGUAACAACAGGAAAAAUUUGGAGUCGCUUAGUUGUGUUGCGAAUGUUCUAGUCACCAAUGGGGACAAAGGAUGGAGAGAAUGUGGGGCACAUAUUGUGUUGGAAGUUGAUGAUCAUAAUGAAUGGAGACUGGCUGUGAAACUUUCUGGGGUUACAAAAUAUUCCUACAAGGUUAAACACAUUUUACAGCCCGGGUCUACCAACCGUUUUUCACAUGCUAUGAUGUGGAAAGGAGGGAAGGACUGGGUACUGGAGUUUCCUGAUCGGAGCCAGUGGAUGCUUUUCAAGGAGAUGCAUGAGGAAUGCCACGACAGGAAUAUUCGUGCUGCAUCUGUGAAGAAUAUCCCCAUCCCUGGAGUACGGCUGGUUGAAGAGAGUGAUGAUCAUGGAAAUGAAGCUCCUUUUGUUCGGAAUCCUAUAAAGUAUUUCCGACAGGUCCAAAAUGAUGUUGAAAUGGCAAUGGAUCCCUCACAUGUUUUAUAUGACAUGGAUAGUGAUGAUGAACAGUGGUUGAUGUCACACAAUAGUCGUGCUGACAAACAUGAUGAGAUAUCUGAGGAGUCCUUGGAGAAGGCGAUAGACAUGUUUGAAAAAGUUUCCUAUUCUCAGCAUCGGUUGAACUUCACUGAUGAUGAAAUUGAAAAGCUUCUGAGUGGAAUGGGGUCAACGGCGGCUGCAAAAGUUGUACAUCAGUACUGGAGGGAGAAGAGGGAGAAAAUCGGCAUGUCUUUAAUAAGACAUCUGCAGCCUCCACUUUGGGAGAGGUAUCAACAACAGCUGAAAGAGUGGGAGCACAAGGUUUCUCCUGGAUUAUACGCCUUUUCUGCUGGUAAUCAAGGGAAGGUUCCUCCUGAAAAACCACCCAUGUUUGCGUUCUGCUUAAGACCACGGGGCUUGGAGGUUCCCAAUAAGGGUUCAAAACAACGGUCGCACAGGAGACUUCCAGUUUCCGGGCACCAUCAUGCUUCCUUGGCAGAUCACGACGGUCUUGUCUUUGGGAGGAGAUCCAAUGGGCAUGUUUAUGGAGACGAGAAGGCGUAUGCUAGCAGUCUUCAUCACGAUUCUUCCGAUGUUUCACCGUCACUCAGAGGUGCAACAAGGGUACUGUCUCCGCGAGAUGCACAUUUCUACUUGAGCACCGGAGCGUCCGACUGGAAAGGCAGCCCCAAGUUUUACAAGAACAAAUCAAAGAAGCUCGGAUCAUACCCCUCCUACAACAACCAGCAGACGAUGAUCCCCUACACCCCUCGGUCAACAGGGAAGAGAAACGCAAUCCAGCAAUGGAACACGGGGGGAGUGCCCGAAUCACCCGGUCAGAGGUCCUAUUUCCUCGAAGGCCCCGAUAGCUCAGCAGACAUUCACGAGUUCCGGUUGCGCGAUGCAUGCGGCGCAGCGCAGCACGCGCAGAAAAUGGCCAAGCUCAAGAGGGAGAAGGCUCAGAAGCUGUUCUACAGAGCAGACCUAGCUGUCCACAAAGCUGUGCUUGCUCUGAUGAAUGCAGAGGCAAUAAAAGAGCCCCUUGGCGACUCAAUCGACAUCAACUAGAAAAAAGACGACGUGGUUCCAGUUCCGGUUCUGAUUCUGGUUCGGGUCGAGGAAAAUAACUCUCCCAUCAGGCGGGAGAGGGGCACGGUCUCCGUCCUCCUCUCCUCUCCGUUGUGGGUGCGUAGAAAGUCGCGGCUUCCCGAUACGCGGCUUUCGAUACUUUGUCCAUAGUAUAAAAAGUCAUUUGUAGCGUGAUGGCUGGGCAGGUAUUUGUAGAUGGCGACUUGUCACCUCUGCCUAGUCUGAUACAAAGGUCUCUCUCUCUCUCGCUCACCGGCUCCAUCACAUUUCCACUAUCAAGGGCAGUUUUGGUAGACGCAUGUAUUUUUCCAGCCAAAAAUGAUGCAAGAGGCGCCUGGAAUUUUAGUAUUCAAUCACUGUAUAUAAUUUUGUUGCCCUUUUUGCCCUUCUCGUGGUUUUUCUAAUCACUACUGAAAUUAACCUUUAGUAGCCCUUAGCUUUUUAGUGUUGAAGGAGCAAGUGGCCCUAAAUAAUACUACAAUACAUCUCCUUGCCUUGCA